GGGUGCCGGGCAGUUCCCGCCGGCUGUGCGCGCCCGCCCGUCUCGGUGCUCGCACGGACUAGACUCGCCCGGGGAAGACUCGGCUACCCUAGGCGCCCACGCGCGCGGGCGGACGGCGGCCGAAGUGCGGCCGCGCCGGCCCUGCGCCCCUGGCGGCUCCCUCGCCGCGCUUGCCUUUGUCCGCCGUCCGGAGCGCGCGGCGUCGCAGACUGAGGCGGCGGCCGUCCCUUGGCCUCGCGCGCCGCGGCGAUGCCGGACCAGAUCUCCGUGUCGGAAUUCGUGGCCGAGACCCUCGAGGACUACAAGGCGCCCACGGCCUCCAGCUUCACCACGCGCACGGCCCAGUGCCGCAACACGGUGGCGGCCAUCGAGGAGGCUUUGGACGUGGACCGGAUGGUUCUUUACAAAAUGAAGAAAUCAGUGAAAGCAAUAAACAUCUCUGGGCUGGCACAUGUGGAGAACGAGGAGCAGUAUACCCAGGCGCUGGAGAAGUUUGGCGGCAACUGUGUGUGCAGAGAUGACCCUGAUUUAGGGAGCGCAUUCCUAAAGUUCUCAGUGUUCACCAAGGAGUUGACGGCGCUAUUCAAAAACCUGAUUCAGAAUAUGAACAACAUAAUCUCCUUCCCUUUGGACAGUUUGCUGAAAGGCGACCUGAAAGGAGUCAAAGGGGAUUUGAAAAAGCCCUUUGACAAAGCUUGGAAGGACUAUGAAACAAAAAUAACCAAAAUAGAAAAGGAGAAGAAGGAACAUGCCAAGCUCCAUGGAAUGAUUCGCACUGAAAUAAGUGGGGCUGAAAUUGCUGAAGAGAUGGAAAAGGAACGGCGCUUCUUCCAGCUUCAGAUGUGUGAGUAUCUGCUGAAGGUGAAUGAAAUCAAGAUUAAAAAAGGAGUGGAUUUACUUCAGAAUCUGAUUAAAUACUUCCAUGCCCAGUGCAAUUUUUUCCAGGAUGGACUGAAAGCAGUAGAGAGCCUAAAACCUUCCAUUGAGACGCUGUCCACAGAUCUCCACACAAUCAAGCAGGCCCAGGAUGAAGAAAGAAGGCAACUCAUACAGCUUCGAGACAUUUUGAAGUCAGCACUGCAGGUUGAGCAGAAAGAGGACUCACAGCUUCGCCAGAGUACAGUUUAUAGCUUACAUCAGCCUCAGGGAAACAAGGAACAUGGCACAGAGCGGAAUGGCAACCUCUACAAGAAAAGCGAUGGGAUCCGAAAAGUGUGGCAGAAAAGGAAAUGUUCAGUGAAAAAUGGUUUUCUGACCAUAUCCCAUGGUACUGCUAACCGGCCUCCUGCAAAGCUCAACCUAUUGACCUGCCAGGUGAAGACGAACCCCGAGGAGAAGAAGUGUUUUGACCUUAUCUCACAUGACAGGACAUAUCACUUCCAAGCAGAGGAUGAGCAGGAGUGUCAGAUAUGGAUGUCUGUGCUGCAGAACAGCAAGGAAGAAGCUUUAAACAACGCAUUUAAGGGUGACGACAGCACCGGGGAAAAUAACAUCAUCCAGGAGCUGACCAAGGAGAUCAUCUCAGAGGUGCAGAGGAUGACAGGCAACGAUGUGUGCUGCGACUGUGGAGCACCAGAUCCUACAUGGCUUUCUACCAACCUGGGCAUCCUGACCUGCAUCGAGUGUUCUGGAAUCCACCGAGAGCUGGGGGUUCAUUACUCCAGGAUGCAGUCCCUGACCUUAGAUGUGCUGGGAACAUCUGAGCUGCUGCUUGCCAAGAAUAUUGGGAAUGCAGGCUUUAACGAGAUUAUGGAGUGUUGCCUGCCACCUGAGGAUACUGUCAAGCCCAACCCAGGCAGUGACAUGAAUGCGAGGAAGGACUAUAUCACUGCCAAGUACAUCGAGAGGAGGUAUGCAAGGAAGAAGCACGCAGACAACGCUGCAAAGCUGCACAGCCUGUGUGAGGCCGUCAAGAUGAGGGACAUUUUUGGGUUGCUCCAAGUCUACGCUGAUGGUGCAGACCUUACGGACAAGAUCCCACUGGCCAAUGGACAUGAGCCGGAUGAGACGGGCCUGCAUCUGGCAGUCAGAUCUGUGGACCGGACUUCUCUUCACAUCGUGGACUUUUUGGUUCAGAACAGUGGGAACCUGGACAAACAGACGGGCAAAGGCAGCACAGCCCUGCACUACUGCUGCCUGACUGACAACGCCGAGUGCCUCAAGUUGCUACUGCGAGGCAAGGCCUCCAUCGAGAUAGCAAACGAGUCUGGAGAGACCCCGCUGGACAUCGCCAAGCGCCUGAAGCAUGAGCACUGUGAGGAGCUGCUGACCCAAGCCUUAUCCGGGAGGUUCAACUCACAUGUCCAUGUUGAGUAUGAGUGGCGGCUACUCCAUGAGGACCUGGAUGAGAGUGAUGACGACAUGGAUGAGAAGCUGCAGCCCAGCCCCAACCGGCGAGAGGACCGACCCAUCAGCUUCUACCAGCUGGGCUCCAGCCAGCUUCCACACAGUGCCACAUCUUUGGCCAGAGACACUGCCGGCCUCACCAAGGACAAGCCAAGGAGCUUUGUGCCAAGCAUCCUGCAGAACGAGACCUACGGAGCUGUCCUGAGCAGCAGUCCUCCACCACCAUCCCAGCCCACAGCUCCCAGCACCACCGGUGCCCCCCCACUCCCACCACGAAACCUUGGCAAAGUUCAGACAGCCUCCUCAGCUAACGCCCUGUGGAAGACAAACUCUGUAGGUGUGGACAGUGUCAGCAGGCAGCGAUCUUCGUCAGAUCCGCCAGCUGUCCGCCCACCGCCGCCCCCUCUUCGAGGGACAUCGACCAAUCCCCUGACCUCAACACCACCCCCUUCUGUGGCGAAGCCACCCGGUGUGCUGGACGCCCUGGGUCAACCGAGCAAGUCUGCACCAUCCUCAGCCUCGCAGAGCAAACCCCUGCCACCCCAGCCACCCAGCCGUUUGCAGCAAAAGAAGCCAGUGCCCGGGGCCGACAAGCCGACCCUGCUGGGCAGCAAAGGCCAGCCAAGAGGACCGGAAGCUGCGGGUCCCCUGCCCAAUGCUGCAGCCCUGCAGCCACCGGCACCCAUGCCCAGGAAGUCUCAGGCGGCCAAAGUGAAGCCCAAGCGGGUCAAAGCGCUUUAUAACUGCAUGGCCGACAACCCAGAUGAGCUGACCUUCUCUGAAGGGGACGUGAUCAUUGUGGAUGGGGAGGAGGACCAGGAGUGGUGGAUCGGCCACAUUGAGGGAGAUGCCAGCCGCAAAGGAGCCUUCCCUGUGUCAUUCGUGCACUUUAUCGCUGACUGAAUUGCCAUCAAACACAGCCUUUCCUCAGCUGUCUUGUUCUGGACUCAUCCUUGGUACCAAAACUUUCUCCACGUCACCACCCUCACUGAGCGCACUGCAGAGCAGCAGGUUCUCUGUCUUCCCACCGUUGUUUUAAAACCCUGAAGGUGAUUUUUACAUUUAAAUGAAUUGUUUUUGUAUUUUACAAUUUUGAUGAAAUGUUGCUCUACUUUCAGUAGGGAAGACUAAGUUUCCUAAGGUGAAAUGAAAAGUUAUUUUAAUUACAUAAUCAAGAUUUGGCCUUGACAGGGAGCUAACACUAAAAUGUUGAAAUGAAGACAAUUGGAAUUCUUCCUGCUUUCCUUGGUCCAUCUGAUUUUAGAGUUAUUAUUUUAAGAAGCCAAUAAACUGCCACUCUAAAUAAAAGCCCACAGCCAGCCACACAUGGUGGCACAGGCCUGUCAUCCCAGCAUGCUGGGAGUGUGAGGCAGCUGGAUCCCAAGUUUGCCCCAGCCAAGGCAGCUUAGCCAUUUACUAAGACCCUGUCUCAAAAAUAAAUAGAUAAAUAAAUAAAUAAAAAAGAGCCAGGAAUGUAAGCUCAGUGCAAAGACGCUGAGUUCAAUUUCAAGUCCUUAGCAGGGAGAAAUGAAAAUAUUUUAUGGCAUGUGCAAUUAUGUGAAGUUCAGAUUGCACUGCUCGUGAGCCAGGCUGUGUCCACAACCAUGCUUAGGAUUCCUGUCCGUUCCCCUUUAAAGAUACAUACUCCCCGCAAACCCACUCAAUGUCUGCAAAAGCAGCUUGGGGAUUUACACCUCAACAACCUUCCUCCAUGCCCUGCCCUGCACGUGACCCGUGUCAUGAACAGUCACACUCAGCCAAGCUUCUGGUGGCCCCUGACACCCUACAGGAAUAGUUCAUUUCCUUUCCUGGUUAUAGCAAACCACUUCACGGAUUGAGUGAAAACCAGUGAUGAACUGCAGAAGUUAUUUAACGCAGCUGAUGUGCUUUCUGUGUUCCCCCAUUUGCCUCGGUUCCCCCAGGUCACGAAGCAGCAGUGCUCCUGCUGCUCUCUGCCUCGUGUGCCACUGGCUACCCUUUCUAGCCCCCAACAACGUCCCUAGCUUAGCGUCUCAUAUCUAUAGAAUACUUGGAUGGAAUGGUCACUCCCGUCUUGACAUGUACUUGUCCAUUUGUACUCAAGAACUGUCAGAAAUCAAGGUCCCGGGAAUGCAGUGCUCCCACACACCCAUCUGCCUACUUAAGGCCAUGGAUGUCACUUAACCUACACUACUGGGGGAGGGGGAGGGGGUUAGGUUGUGUAAGAAAAUCCCACCUCAUUAGCAUAAUGAACUUGACUGUCACACCUCUACUGGUCAUUGUAUCAGAUCCAUAGUCGGAGGGAAAGCUUGGCCAUCUUUCGGAAUAAGCAGGCCUGUGAUGCCCACUUGGAACUUUGAAUGAAGUAAAGGGAUAACGUAAUAGGUGCAUAGGUGCAGGAAGCAAGGUGACCACGCCAUGUGGCAUUAGUUGCAAAGGCUCAUUUGAUCAAAGCAGCAGUCUUCAGGGUGCAAGACUCGUAAGUGUGGAGUUUUAAAACAAAUUUUUUUUUUUUUUGUCAUUGUUCACCCUGAUAAAGAAUGAACAAACUGGAAUGUUUUAGGAUGUCGUAUAGCCGUUGCUUUUUGCCUUUCAACAUUCCAGGUAAAUAUGUAUUAGACCUAUAAAGUCUUUUUGUUUUUAAAGCACUACACCUAAUUUCACUACUUGUUACUUUCCGCUCUUUGAACCCUUUGUUGAGUCAGUUUUCUGAGAUUUAGGAGCAUGAGCACGUGCAUCAGGCACUGCGCACGGCUCCGUGUUUCUGACGCCUGGCGCCAGUGAUGUGAGAAAUCAAGCUGAUUCACAUCAGCACUCGAACUCCAGCCCCAAACUCGGCUUCCAGCCCACUGGCACAGACAUGCCCGGGAAGUAUUUUCCCAGCCAACAACUUGGUGGCGCUUACAAGGAGCCAUGCGUGGCAGACAGGCCUCUUGCCCAAGGAGAGAUCCUAUUUACAUCCCCUUAAUCUUUUGCGAGUUAUUUGCUCUUGGCAAACUGGAAAGAAAGGAAAAAAGAAAAAGCAAACCUGAGAGAAAGGAGACACUGUAGAUAUCUAUUUAUAUUUAAAGUUUACAUUUCAUAUGAACUUCAGCAGCAGGGUUCUGCCGUCUGUGUCAGCUCCCAUGGAUCUGACCUGCAGGGAGGCAGGCGGCUCUGCAAUCAGGUGGCAGCAGGUAGCUCCUGCGGUCGGAGGGUGGCUCGCUAUGCAGCCUGGAUGAUGCGAUUUUGAGAUGUAUUAUAUUCAGUCCACUCACUCAAUGACUUCGGUCUAGUUGCAGCGCAACUGUAUAUAUUGUAUAACUGAAAUUGAUUAUUUUCAUUGUUCUUACCACAGUGAUUUAUAAUUAGAGCAUGUUUAAUAAAGUUGACUCUCCUUGUCAACAAGUCAUUUGACUGGAAGAAAAAUAAAGUACUUUUAAAUGGA